UGUUUUAUAUAUUCCACAUGUAUCGAAGACAUUCUUCAUGUUACAACAACAGUUUUGCAGCCCUGGCGCGCAAUGAAAUUUUUUGUUUACGUGUUUUAAAGUUUUUUUUCGUUUAAAAUGUCAUCCUGGAUCACAGGAUUGGCGGACAAGGCCGAGAAUAUUCUGAACAAAAUCGACCAGAAUGCGGCAACGGCCCUGCAGCUGGAAGCGACAGCGGCCGCCACCGGUGAACCUCUGAAUGCGAUGAAGAAGAGUAUGCAGACCAGCAGCACCAAUUCCUUGUCCCUGAAGUCGACACUGUCGCCAGCGAAGCGAUCGAGUGCCAGCGCCAGCAAUGCGUCCAGCGUAAAGAGCGAUCAAGGCGCCUCCGUGGUGACCAAGGAACUGAGCAAGCGGAUGACCACAUCUGCCAGCUUCUCCACGAAUCCGGAUAGCUAUGGCAGUGCCAUGGACACACAUGAAUUGGCGGCCUUCAAGAUAGCCCUGAACGAAAUCACCGCCGAGCGGGAUGAGCUGCGUCUGCGGCUACACGAGCUGAACCACGACAGCGAGAACUUGGCACUGCAAGAGCGCGCCCAAGAGCUGGAGACGCUCGCACAGAGACUGUCUGAGGAGCGGGACAAGGCUGUGCACGACCUGAACGAGGCCCACACCGCACACAUGGCGUAUGUGCACUCCAUCUCGGAGCUGGAAACGAAUCUGGCCAAGUUGCAGCAGGAAUACAUGAGCGCUGCCCACAAACUGCAGAUGCAGACAAAGGAAACGGAGCAGCAUCGGCUCGAGUUGCACGAGUACCGCACCAAGGCCCAGCGGGCGCUCCAGGCCAAGGAUGCCCUGAUAGCAGAGCUGAAGGCGAAGCCCACAGAAGAGGCGAAUGGAGAGGCCAAGGACAGUGAGAGCCGUCUCCUGCAAAUCGAAUACGAUGCUCUCAAACAGGAGCUGGAGCAUGCCUACGAAGAAGUGCACAAAAUGCGCCUGCAGCUGGAGGACAACGUGGUCCAGGAGAAGCAACGCGAACUGGAGCUUAGCUCUGCGCGUCAGCGGGAGGAAUCUGUGGCCAAAGAGCUGCGACAGGCACGCGAAUACAGUCUAACCGCAGAGUCCGAACAGCGCAUGCUCACCCAGGAGCUGGCCUCGAUGCGGCAGCAGCUCAGCAAUCAGAUGGCCGCCGCCGCCACUCGCCUGCAGGAACGGGAGCAACAGGUGCAGCAACUGCGCCAACGCCUCAGCGGUGAUACCCACACCAGUGCCAAGAAUGACUACGAGAGCCGACUGAAGGCCCUCACACAGUCGCUGGUCGAGCGGCAGAGCCUGUUGGAGCGCGUGACGGGCGAGAGGAAUGCUCUGCGCAUUCAGCACGAGAAUAUUCAGAGUCAAAUCCAGCAGAAUCAGCAUAUGGUGCAGAUCGAGAGCCAGCGGGGAAGCCGCAACAGCAUGCUGUCGAAUCACACAGAUGAUGCCAAGGCACAGUUCCCGGUACUGAUGCAUCCCAGUCCGUUUGAUAAUCGUGUGGCGCGUCGCUUCAAGCGUGCCCUGCGCCAGGCCGACUCGGUUGGCAUACGCGUGGGCACCUUUCUGCGCCGCUAUCCCAUGAUGCGUGUCUCUGUGAUUGUGUAUGUGGCGCUGCUGCAUCUCUGGGUGAUGUUUGUGCUGCUCUCCACGACGCCCAAUUAAGCCCAAGGUCGUAGCUUAAACUAACUAAUUGAGCAAAGGUUUUAUUUGCAAAUAUUUGUGUGUGUAUGUUGUGUGUAUUGUAUUUUACAUAUGCUGUCGUCUAGGCGGGCCUCUUCUGUACAGAUACAGAUACAACGGGAGGCUCCAAGAGUGUCAUGUGUUUUAGGUGUUGCAACAAGUUGUAUAUAUCGUGUCGUCGUAUAUCAUAUGCCAUCAUAUAUCAUAUAUGUAUGUAUCCUUGUAUCGUGUGUAUUGUGUUCUAAAUUCAAUAAACAUCCACUAUGUACAGAAAUUGCGAUUGGUUUUUGUUUAAACUUUAAACACUAAAAACAUUUGUAGGGCAAACAAUUAUAACAAAGACCAAAAAAAUAAAUUCAAACUACUAAGUUAAGUAAAAAGAACGUUUCGUCACAGUUCGAAUAUUGCAUCCGCUAAAGCGCGUUAAGAGAGAGCCAACUGU